UUGUGUGUUAAAAUCGAAGAUGAAUACUUUUUUUGUUGCGUGAGAUUCAAACAUGUUUAUUUAAUCGGGUCAUUAGCUUUUUCAUAUCUAAUACUGUGCUGAACAUUAUCUAGUGAACUACAAAGUAAAGUGAUAAAAAUUUUGGAGAAAGUGCAAAAAUGGGAGCUGUUCUAGGCCUUUGUUCUGCUGCACAGAUGGCAUGUUGCUGCACCAGCGCAGCCUGUUCUUUAUGCUGUUCAGCUUGUCCAUCAUGCACCAACUCCACGUCUACUCGCCUCAUGUACACCAUUAUGUUGCUGUUAAUGAUGAUUGUAGCCUGUGUCACUCUGGCACCCGGAUUACAUGAACAGUUGAAAAAAGUGCCAUUUUGUGAAAACUCAACGGGAAUUGUUCCUGGAAACUUUAAAGUAGAUUGUGACCAAGCUGUUGGCUAUUUAGCAGUAUACAGAAUUUGUUUUGCAACAUGUCUCUUCUUUGUACUAAUGGCACUUAUUAUGCUUGGUGUAAAAUCAUCCAAAGAUCCAAGAGCUGGAAUACAGAAUGGAUUUUGGGGCAUUAAGUAUCUGUUGGUGAUUGGUGGAGUUAUUGGAGCUUUCUUUAUUCCUGAAGGGCAGUUUGCCUCUACUUGGAUGGUGUUUGGCAUGAUUGGAGGAUUCUUUUUUAUCAUCAUACAGCUGAUCUUGAUCAUUGAUUUUGCGCACUCUUGGGCUGAAAGAUGGGUCUCAAAUUAUGAGGAGACACAGUCGCGCACCUGGUACGCUGCUCUGCUUCUAUCCAUGUUGACAUGUUUCACACUUGCAUUGACUGGGAUUGUGUUGCUCUAUGUGUAUUACACAAAGCCAAGCGGUUGUGAUCUAUCAAAGUUUUUCAUAUCAUUUAACCUGAUAUUGGUGGUGAUAGCGAGUGCGAUAUCAAUCCUGCCAUCAGUGCAGGAGUACCAGCCGCGCUCCGGCCUGCUGCAGUCCUCUGUAGUAUCACUCUAUGUCAUGUACCUCACCUGGUCGGCACUCUCUAACUCACCCGCUGAAUGCAAUGCCACCAUCUCUGAGAAUCAACAGAGAGAAACAUAUUGGAAUUCGUUCGACAAUCAGUCGAUCAUUGGGCUGGUGAUUUGGGUGUGCAGCGUGCUGUACUCCAGCAUCCGCACCGCCUCCAGCUCCUCCAAGAUCACCAUGUCUGAGCACAUACUGGCCAAGGAUGGCAAUGCAGGGCAAGGAGGGCUCAUUGCUAAUGAAGAGGGCGAUGGCGGGGAGGCGGCGCGGGGUGCGGGGGACGCGGAGGCCAAGGUGGUGGACAACGAGGGUGACGGCGUGGCCUACUCCUGGACCUUCUUCCACGUCGUGUUCGCGCUCGCCACACUAUACGUCAUGAUGACGCUCACCAACUGGUUCAACCCAAGCUCUCAGCUGUCUAAGGAGAACGUAGCUUCAAUGUGGAUCAAAAUAACGUCCUCGUGGCUGUGCAUUGGCCUCUACAUAUGGACUCUGGUCGCCCCCGCGGUCUUCCCCGACAGGGACUUCAAUUAAAUUAUUAAGUUCUAAUGUUAAGAUUAAUCGUGUCAUAAUAACACACAUUUUUGGCAAUUAAAAUUGCUAUAUUUCCAGAUCUCAAUGUUAAUUAACAAAUCUCGUUCUCUUCUUUACUUACUUCUUAUCUUAUCCGCUUUUCAA